AAAAGGAGAGCCGGCGGAGGCGAGCACGCGCACCGUGACUCGGCCGGAAUAGAAAACUCCACUCCCGAUCCCACCCCGCGGAUUCCCCGAGCCUCACUCCGCUCCGCCUCCCUUGCCCAAUUCCGCCGCUGUCUGCUCUCCAAGCCCGAAUGGCGGCGGAGGCCCGGGCCGAGGGCUCCGGGCCGCCCGCGCCCCCUCCGCUGCCCGUCCCCGAGAAGCGCCCGGCCCCGGCGGACGGCCGGGAGGAGGAGCGGCCCGGGACGAAGCGGCGCCGCGCGAGCGUCGCGGCGCUCGACGGCGUGCCCUGCGCCGCGGCCAAGGGUGGGGAUGGCGAGGCGGACGGGAACCGUGACGGCGGCUCGUCCUUCUCCUUCCAGCACGCGCGCGGCGGUUUCGUGGCGCUGGAGACGACGCCCAAGUUCGGGUCGUUCAACCCGCCGGUGGCCGCCGAGCAGGAGGCCCUCGACCCGGAAGAUUCCCCGGUUGCGAAGGAGGAGGAGGAUACGGCCACGGCCUCGGACACCGGAGCUGAGGACGGCAAAGACGGGAGCUCACAGUCAGUGGCGGCGGUGGGCGAUCAGGGCCGUCGCCAUCCGGGAAGGCAAACUGAAUCGGAACGAUGACUCCCUGGAUUUGAUUCCGUUUCUUGUCCGCGACCCAGCUUAGAUUUCAAGGGCGUCAAUGUCGUUCUCUUCCUUCCUAGUAGAUCAUGUGAUAGUUUCAGUUGAAGGGAAUGUAUGUCAAAGCUUUGUUUUCUUAUGGAAUGGAAGAUUGGAAUUGGAAGUCAA